AUGCUCAAAGACGGCGGAGCUCGCGAGGUGUCGAUCACCCUUUUCGAUGUGGAUCCAGGAGGAUUGCACUUUGAUAGUUCCAUCGCCCCAUACUCGUACCAUAUCAAUAGUCAUUUAUGGAUCGCAUCGCAUCACAAUUUUGUCCACACACCACCGUGCCACGAGAGCGAAUCACGCAAGCGCCGUGCGGGAACGGGUGGUUCCUGCGGAGCAGAUUAG